AGGUGUUUAAGGAAAACACUUAGUGCCAUAGUAUAGAUGACAUGGUGGUUUUAGGUCAUAGGUUGAACUUCAUGAUCUCAGAGACCUUUUCCAAUCCAAUUGAUUCAGUAAUUCUGUGAUUCUGUGGCAGUAGGAGAUAACUACAUGGCCUAAUACUGUGCUCUGUGCAAUGAGGAAGCAGCUGACCAGCAAGUAAAUGCUAUGAGUAUGCCUGCAUGGAGAGGCAGUAUGAUAUCUCAAGAGAAAGGUGAAAAGACAAAUAAGACAGAUGCACACAAAUUCCUUUUUAAAAGUAGUGUGGGAAAUUUGUAACUUUUUUUUUUUCACGUGAAGAGGAGAGUUUCAUCACAGCUGCAAUGGUAGUUGAUCAGAAUGAAGUGGUGUAAUGCUGGUAACCUUUAAGCUGUUAAUAGAAAGGUCUACCUGAUGAUUUACUCAUGUUGAGAAAUAAUUUCUGUUAUCUGGGAAAGCCGCCUCCGUAAGACAGGGUGGCCACUUUAAAUGUGUUGUAGGUGCGGAAGGAACUUUUGUCUCCAUUGUAUCUCAAUGCUAAACCACACAAUUAGUCUGGUUCUAGCAGGAAUGCAGUCAGUGAAGUAGUCUGAAAUUCUUGGAUUUUGCAUGUUCUGGUGCUCAUGAAGGCAACACAAGAUUUUAGAUAGAAUUAAAAUGCUUUCUAUGGGGACUUCUGCUUCUGAUGCCAGGACUCUUUUGAAGACCUCGUUUGUUGCAUGGUUUAAAGGAAGAUGAUGUUGUUAGUGAAUUCUGAGCAUCCUUCAGGAGACCGGUGACUCUUCUGUCAUUGGUGUGUGCUGUCAUGGAUGACUUCAAACGCUCUUUUUCAAAACACCACAGGCUGUUAAUGCAACUUAUAAAGGACUCCUGGCUUUUUGCAUCUUCCUAAGUCCUGUCUAAAUGUCACCAGUGUUUCCCAUGUUAACAGUCCUGAGCAUGUUUUACUACAUGUGCCUUCGGCGCCGAGCUAGGACAGCGACGAGAGGAGAAAUGAACAGUCGGAGGGCUAUCGAAUCAAACACCCGAGCCUUACCUAUCAAUGUUGAAAUGGUUCAGUAUGCCAAAGAAGUGCUGGAUUUCAGCUCUCACUAUGGCAGUGAGAACAGCAUGUCGUACACCAUGUGGAAUUUAGCGGGUAUUCCCAACGUGUACCCUAGUUCUGGUGACUUCACCCAGACUGCUGUCUUUAGAACUUACGGGACCUGGUGGGAUCGUUGCCCGAGCGCUCGGCUGCCUUUCAAGAGGACACCAUCCACCUUCUGUAGCCAAGACUAUGUGGAACUUGCUUUUGAAGAACCAGUUUAUCCCACUGCAGUGCACAUUCUGGAAACCUAUCAUCCUGGAGCUGUAGUCAGGAUUUUGGCAUGCUCUGCAAAUCCUUACUCACAAAAUCCACCAGCUGAAGUAAGAUGGGAAAUACUUUGGUCUGAGGCACCUACAAAGGUGAAUGGUCCUCAGGCUCGGCAGUUCACACCUUGUAUCAAACAGAUAAACUUUCCCACAAACUUAAUCCGACUGGAAGUGAACAGCUCCCUUCUGGACUAUUACACUGAAUUGGAUGCAGUAGUUCUACAUGGUGUGAAAGAGAGGCCCAUGCUUUCACUUAAGACUUCAAUGAUUGAUAUGAAUGAUAUAGAUGAAGAGGAGGAUGAAGAAAAAUUUGCAUGUGGAAUGGAUACCCUUAAUAAACAGUUCAGCAUUGUUACCCUCAGGGAAUGGCCAACUAAUGGAUAUUUUGAUAAACUACCUUAUGAGCUCAUCCAGUUGAUUUUGAGUCACCUUACAGUACCAGACCUGUGUAGACUAGCACAAACUUGUAAGCUACUGUAUCAACAUUGCUGUGAUCCUCUACAGUACAUUCAUCUCAGUUUACAACCUUACUGGGCGAGGAUUAAUGACACAUCCCUGGAGUACCUACAGUCUCGCUGCACUCUCAUCCAGUGGCUGAAUUUAUCUUGGACUGGAAACAGGGGAGCCAUCUCUGUUUCUGGAUUUAGCAGGUUCCUGAAAGUCUGUGGCUCUGAACUAGUACGUCUCGAGUUGUCUUGUGGCCAUUUCCUCAAUGAAACAUGCUUGGAGGUCAUCACUGAAAUGUGUCCAAAUCUUCAGGAAUUAAAUCUCUCAUCAUGUGAUAAAAUACCACCUCAGGCUUUCAACCACAUAGCCAAAGUGGGCAGCCUCAAGCGUCUCAUUCUCUACAGAACAAAAGUGGAGCAAACAGCCCUGCUCAGUAUUUUGAACUUCUGCUCGGAGCUGCAGCACCUCAGCCUGGGCAGCUGUGUCAUGAUUGAAGACUAUGACCUUAUAGCAAGCAUGAUGGGAGCAAAAUGCAAGAAGCUUCGCAGUCUGGAUUUGUGGAGAUGUAAAAACAUAACUGAAAAUGGGAUUGCGGAGCUGGCUUCGGGCUGCCAGCUUUUGGAAGAACUUGACCUUGGUUGGUGUCCUACGCUGCAGAGCAGCACAGGCUGCUUCACAAACCUUGCUCGCAAACUCCCGAAUUUGCAGAAGCUCUUCCUUACGGCCAACAGGUCUGUGUGUGACACAGACAUCGAGGAGCUUGCUGCCAACUGUACGCACUUACGGCAGCUGGAUAUAUUGGGAACGAGGAUGGUGAGCCCUGCAUCUCUAAGAAAAUUGCUGGAGUCUUGUAAAGAUCUUUCUUUACUUGAUGUGUCCUUCUGUUCACAGAUCGAUAAUAGAGUUGUGCUAGAACUGAAUGCCAACUUUCCUAAUGUGUUCAUAAAAAAGAGUUUCACCCAGUGACUCCAUACAUAUGCUGCUGUGGGACUCGUUUGGCAGAGUUGUUUUCCUGUAAAUUUGUGCUGAUUUUUUUUUAAGGAAAAUAUAAAUCCUCUGUAAAAAGUGGAAACUAUUAAUUAUCUACACAAAUGGGUAAAACACAUUUAAAUAUAUUAUGUUUCUAAAAGUUGAUAUUGUACCUAAGAAUUAUUUUAUUCUGUUAAUUGGUGGCACUGCAUGUUUUUAAAUACUAGCCAUAUGUCUGGCUUUAAUGAGAAGCAAAUGAAUGUCUUCUUAAAUGUCCCUUCACAGGGUGUUAUACACAAUACACUAUGUUAAUAUCCAGGUGAAAGCAGAAGUUCAAUAUUUAUCAGUAAAGAAAAUAUGGGUGCUUCCUUCUCAUGUGUUUGUGUGUGUAUAUAUAAAUGUAUACAUAUGUAUUUGUAUAUACAUACACAGAUAUUGUAGCAUUCUAGUUUGGCCUGCAGCAUAAGAUUUCAUGAUCUGGCCUAUUAUUAGUUAAAACCAGUUUAACUGUAUAUAAGAAGAGAUAGAAAAGGCACUUUGUCUUCCUCAAGUUUUGGCAGUGAAUUGUAUCUGAUACAGUUUUCUCCCUUCCUUCACCUGAAAUAAAUGUAGUGAUGUUUCACAGUACAACCUAAGCAGCACAACAAAUAAAUGCAAGAACCUGGACCACCUGAACUUAAAGCAGAAGUGAAAGAUAAAAUUAAUAACUGCUUCUUGGUAUUGAGAUACAAAGUUUAAGCCAGCUACUAAAUAUUACAACUGGUAAUGCAUAGAAAACUCUAGACUAGUUUUCUUUUUCAAAUUUCUGUCAUGGUCAAGACUUGAUUUGUGAUACAUCUGGUUAUUGUGCAGAGUACCGUGAAAACUAGAACUUAAGGUAUUGCAUUAGCAACUGUUCUUUCUCUGGCAUCAAAUCUACUGUCAAGUAUAAAAACAAGCACCUUUGUUCAGUAAAACAGCAAAUAUAAUGGGUUUGAAACAAGGGCAAUAUGAUUUGAUGAUUUUAUGAUCACCAAACCUUAGAACUGGGUUUGUUUUAUUUGGGUUUUUGUUUUGUUUAGUUUGUCCAAGAGUAACUCAAAGUACUAUUGCACUCUCUCUUUAAGACUGCUUAACCUCUGGAGAAGGAAAACUGUGUUGAUGGACAAUUUCUGGAAGUUCUUUUCUUUUGCACUUUCUUGGAUGAAGCUUUUCUCUUUUUUUUAUUUUUACCCUUGAAUACCACUGCUAGAGUAUGUUGCCAUGUACAGCUUUGGUUUCAAAUUUUACCUUUUUGAGACAUUGUUGAUAUAUGGACAUUGUUGCAUAUAGACCAUGAAAUACACACUGUCUUUUGAUACUGGUUCUGUUAUUCUUAUAUUGAUGGCACUUAUUACCGACUGGAAUAAGAAGAAAAAUACUUUGUCUGAGAGAAGUACAGUAUUGUACUGAAGAUCAGUGACAAAGAACACUUCAGUUCAUGCAGUAAAUAACCAACUGCUACUAGAGGACUGCUGCAAUUUGCUAAAAAUCUGACAAUCUCUGUGACUCCUGAAUGACUGCUUUGAACUCUUUGUGCUGGUGCCAAUACUUUAUAAACCAUGUCAUGAAACAGAUACAGAACAUUUAUUUGAUUAUAUUGAAAGACCUAGUUCUUCAGAUUUUUAAAUUUUGCUGAAUCUCUGGGGAAUUUCAGAUCCAAAGAAGGGCAUGCACAGUUGGCUUUUUGAUAUUUUUUCCUCCACACAGAUGGCACUAUGGGAUUUCCAACUAGUUUAUGCUAUUCCAUUUUUUUCUUCUUUAGAAAUUUGGGCAUUGUCAGAGAACUUUAAAUUGAUUUACUAUUUUUUUCCACACUGAAAGAUGUCAGCUUUGGUAUGAUUCUCUGGGAGACCUCAUUUCUCUCAAUCAUGUCUGGGUUAAUUUGUUUUUCUGUGAACUUUUAACUUUUUUUAGUCUGUAUUUUUCAUUGUAAUUGAGGAUUUAACAUUAUUAUUUUAGUUACAGGAGAACACAGGUACAGAUAAUGGGAGUUUACAAAGAACAGAGUUUCAAAACAAAUAUUUUUGUUGUAAAAUUUCACUUCUCAGGGGUUGUUCUGUGUUUAUCUCCUUUUUUUCCUCUAGAGAGCUGUUUUGUUUGUUUUUCACUGUAAAUAGAAUGGGAUGUGGAUGAAGUGAUAGCCGUUGUGCCUUCAAACUGGUAAACUUGGUAGAUAACACAGUUUAACUUCUCAUCAGUGAAUCAAAUAAGUGUUUUUGUGAUCAUGUACGUGUAAAGAAUUUCAUUCUCUGUUGCUUUUUAGGUAGCUUAAAAAAGGUUUAAAUCGAAAUUUUGUUAACACUGAAGGAUUUUUUCUUUCUUAUAUUGCAUCUUGUGUUUGAAAUUGUUGGCUUUUUUUAGGAAUUCUCUAUUGUCACUUGGAAGAUAAAUUGAAGACUUUUUAUUUGGAUUGUUUAAAACAUAGCUAUUGCCAACAUACAAUUAAUUCAAAGAGCAGAGAAAUGAUUGGGAAUUACUUCUAUCUAUAGCUGCAGAUUUCAACCUUCAGUCAGAGAGUAAGAAGCUCUUUUAGCUAUGGCCUUAUAAGUCCAAGAAGUCUUCCAGUAAAACAAAGUUAGACCAGACUUGACAUUUGUAAUACUUGUAGGAUAAAGAAAACAACCUGCUUUUAGACCUUCCUUACAUGUCACAAAGAAGCAAGAAUAGCUCGCUGUGUCUUUAGUUCUGCUAUCUUGCACUUGUGUGUCUAUUUAUUUAUACAUAUGUAUGCAUAAAUUAUAUAUACACAGAUAUUUGUGUGUAUAUAUGGAUUUUAUGUGUGUACAUACAUAAACAUAUAUGUAUAAAUCUCAAAGUUUUUCAUGCAGAAGUUACUUUUGUAAAGUUAAGGUAAUAGCAAAAGAUGUUUCACCUGGAGACUGAGUUCAUCUCCACCCAUGCAUCAGGAAAAGCCUGGACAGAUGUGCUGGAUUUCCAGUGUUGCUUUGCCAAAGUGCCUUUUUGGUUUGUUUGCUCAUGAGAGGUGUUACAGGGUAGGAAGAGUGAAUGCAAAGUCCGAUAAUUACAGUGGACUGUCUCCUUGUGAAGCAGUCAUAUAGAGGGAAACUUAAAUACCAUUUAACCCAAAAUUAAUUAUGCCAAUUCCUCCACUGGAGGAAUUUAUUACUCUUGAAUUGGGUCAUCUCCAUCACUAGACUGUCCCUCAGUCAUGUUGUCUAAAUUCUGCUGUUAUGGAUAUUCCUUUGUUUACUCCUCUGAUUUGAUUAUCUGUCUUUCCGAAGCUUUGUAAAAGAUGUGCUUUGGCAACAAAUGUUAAAAAAACAUGACUAACAUGUCCAAAAAAAGGGGUUUGCUCUGAACUGUUUUUGUUUUUAAACUGAAGGGGGGCUUCCAUACCCUCUGUAUGAAAUUGAUGUGGGAUGGCCUGUAGGUAGAGGUGUCAUUCCUUGUGUAAUUUCAAAAACUAGUAUGAUAAAUUUACCCUUUAAAGCAUCUUCUUAACUCUUCAAAGCUUUAAUUCAGUAGUAUAUUGGUUGUAUUCAUAAUUUUGAGCUGUUGGGCUACAUAGCUCUGUGAAAUGUAUGGGGUUUCUGUUCUUAAAAUUACAGUAAUUUCACGACUGUAAGGUGCACUGGACUAUAAGGCGCACCCCCCGGGGGUUGGCAAAACUCGCAACUUUGUAGCUCAGAUAAGGCGCACCGGACUAUAGGGCGCACCUGUUUUUUUUGCAGCAAGGCUCCGCCCCCAGCUCCCUCUGCGCGGUUGCUGGACGCGGCCCCGCCUCAACCCGACAGCCAUUGGCCCCUCCAUGCCGCCUCCAUCCAACAGGGGCGGUGCCGCGGGCCCCCAGGCCUGCCUGUAUCCGGCGGGGCCGGGGCAUGGCCACUGCCCCUCCGUGCCACCUCCACGGGGCCGGGGGGUGCCUCUGGAGGGGCGGCUCCGCCUCCACGGGGCCGAGGCAUGCCUGCUGCCACUCCACCCUGCCUCCACCUGGCAGCCAUGGCCCUGCCAGCUCCCCCCAUGGCUCACAGCUCUCACUUCCGGGUAGGCAAA